AUGGAGUCAGAGUCAGCCAUCUCGGCGCAGCCUCUGCAGGGUGUUGUUCUCUGCUGCACCAGCAUUCCGGUUGAUCUAAGAACCGACCUAGCCAAAAAAGUCGUCGAGCUCGGUGGCAUCUACAAGAACGACCUGACCCACGAAGCCACCCACCUAGUUGUCGGCGACUACAACACGCCCAAGUAUCGUCAUGUUGCGUGCGAGCGGCCCGACAUCCAGCCCAUGUGUGCCGGUUGGGUCGACGCCGUGCUGAACCUGUGGACCCAGGAUGCGCCCAUUGACCUGGACGCGCUCGAGCACGAGUGGCGUCUGCGCACCUUUGAGGCCCACGGCGGGCUACCGGCCGGACCGGACGGACGGCCAGUCGACCGCCAACGGCUGCUCUGCUCGAUGACCGGAUUCGAAGAGGACGACCGCCAGAAGAUCAUCGCGGCCAUCGUCGACAACGGCGGCGUCUAUAGCGGCGACCUCACGCGCGAUGUCACCCACCUGAUCGUCAACCGGCCCGAGGGCAAGAAGUACUCUGCCGCCAUGCACUGGGGCAUCCGCGCCGUCUCUGUCGAGUGGCUGCAUGACUGUGUCACUCGCGGCAUGAUCCUCGACGAGGCCAAGUACGACCCUCGCCUGCCCCGGGAGGCCCGCGGCCAGGGCGCCUGGACCCAUCGGACCGCCGCCGAACGGGCUUCCGUGCUGGGCAAGCGCCAGCGCGAUGCCUCGGCUGCUGCUGCUGCCGCUGUCUCGGCUGCCGAGAAGCACGGCCUCCGCAAGCUACGCCGCACCGCCAGCAAGAAGCUGGCCGUUCAGCGUGACCACCUCUGGGGAGACAUUCUGGGCAAGCCACAGCCUCCCACAUUCACUGCUGCUCCCUCGGUUCCCUCGGCUUCCUCUUCCACCUCCGACAUGCUGUCUGCUUCCGUCUUUUAUAUCCACGGCUUCUCCCCGUCGCGCACCCAGAUCUUGGUCAACGCUGUCGCCACCAUGGGCGGCUCCGUGGCCGCUUCACUGGUUGACAUGGCAGCUCUCGCAGCCAGCCGCCCGUCCACGACGACCGUCCGCCAGCAUGUCAUCGUACCCCAGGACGCCUCGCCAGCAUCGAUUCCGGCUGUCGCCAAGGACGUCGUGCUCGUCACCGAGUUUUUUGUCGAAAAGUGUCUGCACAAGAAGCAGUAUGUGACCUUUGACGACGUCGACGCCUCCGUCAUCGGCCGCCCAUUUCCCGUCUUUCCCAUCCCCGGUUUCGGCGCCCUGUCUGUUUGCACGUCCGGCUUCACCGGCGUCGACCUCAACCAGAUCGACAAGACCGUACGCCAGCUGGGUGCUCGUUACGAGGAGCGCUUCACUGCCCAGUGCUCCGUCCUGGUCGUCACUGCUCUGUCGGCCGUGCGGAAGCAGAAGCUCGAGCUGGCUUUGGCCUGGAAGGUCCCCGUCGUCGACGCCCGCUGGCUGUGGGCCUGCAUAUCCUCUGGCACGCGCAUCCCCAUGGACGCCUAUCUGUUCCCGCAGCUGCGACAGGAUCUGUCGGCCGUCUCCAAACCGGAGCCAGAGCCGGAACCAGUGCCCGAUCCUGCCUUGACCGUUCCCACGCUCGUGGUCGGCAGUCCCAACACGCUGCUGGCCGCACCUCCGCUUGGUCUCGCGGCCGAGGGUCAGGUCCAAGAGCCCCCUGUGCGACCACCGACGCCUUCACCUCCACAGGUGCCCAGACGGCCGCUGGAUCGCGUGCUUAGCGAGAUUGCUGAUUCAGCCGCCGGUGACUCGGACGACGAUGCAGCCAUCGACAGCUCGGCUGAAGUUGGUGCGAGGCAGCAGCAGCAGCAACAGCAACAGCAGCCGCAGCACCGCCAGCAACACGGCCUGAGACGUAGCGCGACUGCAGCAGCGACCGUCCACAGGCACGUAACGAUGGGACGCGUCUCGAGCGAUGGUCUGGCCGCUGUCCACCAGCAGGUCCUUUCAGCCCACCGGCCGGUGCCAGUAGGCAUCUCGAUCGGCGACCUGAUGAAGGAUGAUAGCGGUGGCGCAAACGGGUUCCAUCGGCGGGCGGGUCUCUCGCGCGCGGUCAGCGCCAUCUCUGUGUCCGUGUCGGCGUCAGCAGGCGACUCAGUAGUCGAUGUGCCAGCUGGCAGCGGCAGGUUGGCAGCGCCCGUGGCCGACAUGGAGUCGGCCAGCCAGCCGCUGACGCAGAUCCAGGUACAGUACAUUGACCCGGACGCUGAGAUGUACCGGGAGCAGCUGAUGCGGAAGAUCCUGGGCGUCAACAGCCUCGACGGUGACUAG